CCUGCCUGUCAUUAUCAAAGUGACAGUUGCAAUUCUCACGAGAGUGAGGUUAUAUUUGUAUACAAAACAGUUAAAAGUAAAGUUUCCAAGCUGUCGGCCAAAAUAGAUUUGGAUAUGAGCUUGCAAACAGACUUUGGCCCCGACUCCGGGGGCAGAGUUAAGGGUUUAGUGAUAGUAAAGCCCAUAAUAUACGGCAAUGUUGCCAGAUAUUUCGGCAAGAAACGUGAAGAAGACGGACAUACUCAUCAAUGGACGGUGUACGUAAAGCCGUAUGCCAAUGAAGACAUGUCGGCGUACAUAAAGAAGGUUCACUUUAAACUACACGAGAGUUACGCGAACCCUAACAGGAUAGUGACGAAGCAGCCGUAUGAGUUGACCGAGACGGGCUGGGGGGAGUUUGAAAUUGUUAUCAAGUUAUAUUUCCAUGAUCCAAAUGAGAGACCUGUAACCCUAUACCACAUUCUAAAGCUGUUUCAAUCACCGGUAACAGAGGGAGCUCCCCCCACAGUAGGCAGAGCCCUGGUCAGUGAGUCAUAUGAGGAGAUAGUAUUCCAGGAGCCCACGCAGCUGAUGCAGCAUCUGCUGAAUAGCGUCAAACCCAUCACCAAUGGACCUUGGAACCAUGAUACUAAUUUUGAAGAAAAGAAAGAAAAAACAUUACAAAAAAUUAUAACAGCUCAAACUAAAGUGCGGACAGAGAUAACAGACUUGAAGGAAAAGCUACACCUUGCUAAAGAAACCAUUUCAAAGUUCAAAGAUGAAAUAGCUAAAUUGCAGAACAGUGGAAAUGUCAUGUCCGGUGUGUAAAGUUAUAAGACUGAUAUUGAAUUAAGCGUCAAUAUAAAGAUGCUGGCUGUUUUUAAUUUUCUCUUGGAAAAAAGCAUGUUUUACAAAGUUAAGGGGUUUCUAGAACGCACAAUACAAUUGUGCAGCAUUAAGGUACGUUUUGAAUCUUUGCUGACGGCUGCCACUGCUGACCCUACAUGCCGCAUUUGCAUGAAGUCGGCCGCGGCUGCACUACCUACUGGUUUCUAUGUAUUUACAUGAAGCUGUUUUAGAACGAAGUGGCAGCAGUCGCGGUCAAAUAUCUGACAUCUAACGUACCUUUACUAUAUUGUGCUACUAUACUGUACUAAUUGGUGUUUAGGGUCAAAAAUUGCGCAAUGAUUUUUAUUGAACAAUUUUAAUUGCACAAUAUUUUUAUCGUUAUAUUGCGCAAUUUUAUUGACCGUCUAGGGAGCGCCGUAUUUAAAGAAUAGUAUUCAAUCGGUUUUAAACACAACAAUGAUUGUAAAUUAACUAAGAUAUAUUGUGAAACGUCAUUUGAUUUUUUUAGUUAAGUAGUUUUAAGAUAGGAUAAUAUCGAUUUGUACGAGUAUACCCAUAGCUAGGUAAUAUUUCUAAUGAACUUGAAUAAAAACAUAAUAUUAAUUGCUAA